CGUGAUAACAUCGCUGGCUUUCACAGGGUUGUUUUGGAGGAAGUUAAAGCAGAUCCCGAAACAGAAAGAGAGAGAAAAAGACCCGUCAUUUAACAGGGGGGGGGCAAUAACGACUGCAGCACCCGUAUCGGUAUCCCCGAUUCCGGAUUAGUUAACUCAUACACUAGCCUAAGCGAUCUAGUGUUCCGCUGGGGACAGGGGCUGAAGUUAUUGUUUGUUUUCUUCUUAAACAUCAGGCUUGUGUAAGGGCACGGUAGCAAUUUAGCUCACAGGCUACACCACAGCACUAAUACAGACUGAUAUUUACUAGAUCUCCAGCUUUAUAAACCAGCUGUGAAACUAUGACAUCAAGGAAGAAAGUUCUUCUGAAGGUGAUCAUUCUUGGAGACUCUGGGGUUGGGAAGACAUCUCUGAUGAACCAGUAUGUGAAUAAGAAGUUCAGUAAUCAGUACAAAGCUACUAUAGGAGCAGAUUUCCUGACAAAAGAAGUGAUGGUUGAUGACCGACUUGUCACAAUGCAGAUAUGGGACACAGCAGGUCAAGAUGUUGUGUUUUGUCAAGGUGGAGACUUUUGCAAACACACUUUUUCUCAUGUUGAAUAUAAUCAUGCACCUAUGACCUUAAUCACAGUCUCUGUGAUACAUUUUCACCCUCAGGUAACAACCAAGCGGGCACAGGCUUGGUGUCAAAGUAAGAACAACAUCCCGUAUUUUGAGACCAGUGCAAAGGAGGCCAUCAAUGUAGAGCAGGCUUUCCAGACCAUCGCGCGCAAUGCACUCAAACAGGAAACCGAAGUGGAGUUAUACAAUGAGUUCCCUGAGCCAAUUAAACUAGACCGGAACGAUAGAGCCAAGCCAUCAGCAGAGACUUGCAGCUGCUGAGGACCUCCAGGGGGCGCAACAUUUCACCCUCAGCUUCUCUGGCCUUGUCUCUGCCUCACUCCCUCUCUCUCUUGCGUUCUUUCUUUCACCCCUGUUCUCCUUUAUCUCCUUCCCUCCCCCUUACUCGAUAUAAUCACUGGCCUUUGUAGACGAGCAGACUUCCUCCCAUUCAGUAUCCUUCACAGUUCUCAUUCACAGCCUUAGACACAAACACACACCCACAUAUGCUCAAGAGGCUCAAUCUGACACCCGUUUUCGUACACGAAUCCCGACACCACGCACCGGUUCUGCAGAGCUGUCGCCUCGCCCACGUAAAAAGUCCUACUGAAACUCUUCACAACACUUGAAUGGCUCUUGAGACUUUUUUAUGAUCCAGUCCCGCAGUGCAAUUGGAAUACGUUUGACGUGAACGCUGAAAGAUGGGGGGGUGUAUCAGAGCCGUGCGUUGGCACCAUAACUACCCGCCAUGUUCAACUGCUUCAUCAAUGUGCUUGAAUUAAUAAGGCGGCCUGGCGUAAAGCAUGCUACAUUUGCAUCUUAAAGCUUGAACCUAAAAAAAGCUCCUCAGUUUGUGAAGUCCCAAAGCACUGGAGGUCUAACACUGCCCCCGCUGUUACAUCUGAGAACUGCAGUCAGUUAAUCCAGUGUACGCCCAAUCGCUGUCCUCAAAAUGGAACAGGAAAAUAUGAAUAGCAAACCAUGCAAUGGGAAAUUUAGAUAUUACAUCUAAAUUAUCUACUAUUCAGACUAUUAUGACAAUUAGUAUUUCUAUGUAUUUUUUUAUCGUCAAUCCUCAUGUGAGCAUGACCGAAUCACCGCGAGUCUGCCAUGAACAAGCAGUGGCGUAGACUAUUUCUUGUCGUUUUUGUUUUUGUCUUUCUUUCAUAUCUUGCCCGGACUCUACCAGUAGCUCAGGAUGGUAGAGAAUUUAAGUGCUCAGUAUCAUUCGGAUCUUUUCCCGUCUGUUUGUUCAUUAUUAUUUUUAUUAUUAUUAUCUGUGUUGCAUUAUAUUCAAAUAAACACAACUAGACAACAUUGGGGGAGAACUGAAUUGUUCAUGACAUUUAAUGAAACAAAAAUCACAGCAUAUACAUUGUUCAAGAUAAAUGUAUUUCAAAGUAAUGGAAAUAAAAAUUAAGUUGAAUAAAACUGUGGUAUUUUGUG